UGAUCGACUUCUCUGGCCUGGCUCAUGUUUCCUGUUUAGAAUGAGAAGAAAACAUGGCGGCGCCCUCGUGUGACAAGCAGCUUGUUCCUGUCAAAAAGCCCACAGCAGUUCGAGGACCUCGGCGAGUGGCCAAUCAGAUUCCAGAUGAAAUACUGCAUGAUCCUGAGUUGCGGGAAGCCAUGAAAGCCUUACCUGCAAACUACAACUUUGAAAUCCCCAAGACCGUGUGGCGAGUGAGACAAGCCAAGGCGACAAGAGUGGCUCUGCAGCUUCCAGAGGGCCUGCAGUUAUUUGCCUGUGUCAUCGCAGACAUCAUCGAGAGGUUCACGGAAGCGGAUACCAUCGUGAUGGGGGAUGUAACGUACGGGGCGUGCUGCCUGGACGACUUUACCGCCCGAGCCUUGGGAGCUGACUUCAUGGUGCACUAUGGCCACAGUUGUCUUGUCCCCAUCGACGCCACGGCCGGAAUUAAGAUGCUCUACGUGUUUGUGGACAUCCAGAUGGACAACGCGCACUUCCUGGACACGGUCAAGUUCAACUUCCCUCCCGGACAGUCGCUGGCGCUCGUCAGCACCAUUCAGUUUGUGGCUGCGCUGCAGGCUGUGAGCGCAGCCCUCAAGCCAGAGUACGACGUGCUGGUGCCACAGUGUCGACCUCUCUCACCCGGAGAAAUUUUGGGCUGCACCUCUCCUCGCUUGGACCGCAACGUCAACGCCAUAAUCUAUUUGGGAGAUGGAAGAUUUCAUCUGGAGUCUAUCAUGAUCGCAAAUCCAGAUUUGCCUGCCUACAGGUACGACCCCUACAGUAAAGUCUUCUCCAGGGAGUACUACGACCACGAGGCCAUGCGUGCCCUGAGGCUUGAGGCCAUCAACAAGGCUCGCUCAGCCCAGAGAUGGGGGCUCAUUUUGGGCACGCUGGGCCGUCAGGGAAACCCAAAAGUUCUGGAGCACCUGGAAUCAAGGCUGCAGUCGCUGGGCAGGAGCUUUACUCGAGUUCUUUUGUCCGAGAUUUUCCCAAGCAAGUUGGAUCUGCUGCCUGAUGUUGACGCGUGGGUACAAAUUGCGUGUCCGCGACUGUCCAUCGAUUGGGGCUCAGCCUUCUCCAAACCGCUGCUGUCUCCCUAUGAGGCAGCAGUGGCCCUCCAGGAGACAACCUGGAAGGAGGUCUACCCCAUGGAUUUCUACUCCAAUCAGAGCCUGGGGCCGUGGACCCCCAACCACCCGGUCAACCAGCCUGCUCGGCCCCCUCGAGCACAAGCCCAGGUCCGCCCUGCAGCUGCUUUUCUCCAGACAGCCAACAAGCAGUGUAUCCAGGCGCAGUGCGCCCCCUGCAUCUGCCAAGGGGAAUGACAAAGCGAUACUUCUGAAGACUAGAAUGGGAGAAAGUGGGUAUAUUUCCACUUAAGCCAGCCAACCUGCCAGAAUGAGUCCCUCACUUCUUACAGCAAAUCACAUUGUACUCCUCCACACAUUGCAACAUUUCGAGCACGCGCUUGUGAUAAAGGCUUAGAAGUACUCAUGCGUGUUCAUGAGUCACAUUCCCUUGGUGAAGCUGACCGGGGUUUUUUUUUUUUUUUUGACCGCUAUAUGUUACGAAUGCUAUGGAGAAAAAGAAAGUGAAACAAUGACCUAGAGUGUCAUUGCGACUUUGGUUGGAUGCAAACCAUGACCUUGAUUUCAACGCCGUAGUACGCAGCGUGCUUGACACGCAGCUCCCUUGUGGGAUCCACACGACGGGUUGGAGCACUUUAUUUAUUUAAUUAACACUGCAAGAGCUUUCUGCCAAAUAAAUCCGUCUUGACAAUACUGUCAUUUUUGCUUCGAUGACAAUUUACAACACAAUAAAUGAAAAAAAAGAUUUCUAUUUUGAGUGAUUGGCAGCAGGUUUUUUGUUGUUUUUUUUUGACCAGAUAUAAGACUGGAGCAAGAAUAUCCACCAGUCAUGACUGCUCUCCGUUCUCAUUAUUUAUUGAUGGAGUCUUCUGUCGAUAAAUAAAUAAAUAUGUAAGAACACAAAUGUUGCUGCGGAAAAGCUCCCCCCACCCCACCUACCUCAUGGGUGGGGCCUCGGUGUUAUUCACCAAAAAUUUCCAACACUUCUUUCUAUCAUGACGUCUCCUUGGCAACACAUCCAUCCCUCUUGUCAUGUGUUUCACGUUGAGCCAGCCUAUGGGCAGAUGCACAGCAGCAAAAAAGAAAUAAUCAGCCUCACCAAGACCUCCAUGUUGUUCGGUUUUUUUUUUUUGCAUUUUGCAUUUUGCAAACUGAAGUGCGGCCCUUUUAAUUAUUUCAUUUUUAAUUGAUCUGCAUCUCUGAAGGGACCAAAAAGAGUAUUUGAUGAAUGUCAUGAUCUUAGUCUUAAAUUGUCACAUGUAAUGUGUAUU